UAUGUCGUUUUUUCCGUCCGAUUCUUUUCAGAGGUCCUUCGGAAGCGAGAUGACAAGACAGGAUGACCCCAGUCAAGACCGCUUUAGAAUAGCAGCCUGAUAUAGGUCAGAAGUCGUAACGUCAGGAGAUACAAAGCGCCUAGGGCAAAGAUCGGUGAGCGAUGCUGGCGACUACACCUGGAGCCGCACUCGUGACCUCCGAUCCACUCUUUUCUGCAGUCCUCACUAGAUCUACCCCUCACACGUCACUCCAUCCCGGCCUCAUUCCGCUUCCUGCGUCUCCUAACCCGGUCGCGUGUGCUUGCUCUUGGUCUUCCCAUCUCACUUCCCGCCGUCGGCCGUCGCUCGAGCGUGCAACGCUUGCCUCCUCCUCCUCUCCUGUCGUGAUCGCAUCUCAGCCGCACGAUCAACCAUCUCCGUCUGUCCGUCAUCUACCGCCAUCGCUACGCUCUACACUCCCCACCGGCCUUCUGUCCAUGCAGCCACACGGCGGACAAACAGCGUCACUGCACUCCCGCGCUCAAUCCGUCCUGCCAGCAAAAUCACAUCCGCUAUUGACACCGCAAAAUCAGGGUCAGGUUGGACUAGGGUGGGGUCAGGGAUCGGAUAAAGAGCAUUCAAUCUUAUCCGAUUCGCCGUCUUGUUGCUCUAUCUCCAUGGCUCCCCUCUCCACAUCCGCGUCAGACUCCUCAGACUCUCCUCCCUUAUCGGCAUCCGCAGCUCCUUCCGCCAACGACGUCUUGCCAGAUUCCGUCAUCAACGUAAGCGUCGGUCUGCCGGCUGCGCAAGCGAACGGAUUCAUCCACAGCGCGCCUCCUCUCCCCGAAUCCACCCCCGCAUCCUCCGCCAUGCCGUACCUCCCCCCGCGCCAAUCCACCGCCUCCGCUGCCAUUUCCGCAGUAUCCAUGAAACCGUCUCCCCCCACUACCGACGCUUUUCCCUCGGGAUCUCCGAGGGGCGACAGUACCACAGCGGGGGAAAUAGACUACUCGCAGCUGCCGUCCGAUCUGGACCCGAGCCGGCUGCCGGGACACGUGGCGAUCAUCCUGGACGGUAACUCGCGGUGGGCGAAGCGGCGGGGAAUGCCCAAGGAGCUGGGGCACGAGGCGGGGCUGACGGCGCUGCGGGAGACGGUGCGCAAGUGCGGGGAGUGGGGCAUCCGCGCGCUGACGGUGUUCGCGUUUUCCACCGAGAACUGGGGGCGACCCAAGGCGGAGGUUGACUUCCUGAUGGCGUUGCUGGGGCGGAUGAUCGACGAGGAGCUGGACGAGCUGCACAAGCAACGAGUGGCGGUGCGUGUGAUCGGUGACCCAUCGCGCCUCAUUCCUCAGCUGCAGCGCAAGAUAGAAAAGGCACAGUCCCGCACACAGGACAACGACGGGUUGCGGCUUAGUGUAGCUAUAAACUACAGUGGCCGCCAGGACAUAGUCCACGCAUGUCGGCGAAUAGCAGAGCGAGUGGCAGCAGGUGAGAUCCAGCCAGACCAGGUCUCAGAGGCUCUCCUAACGGAAGAGAUGGGAACAAGUUGGCUUGGACCAGAUUUGGCUAACCCUGACCUGCUGAUUCGGACGAGUGGUGAGCAGCGGCUGAGUAACUUCCUCCUGUGGCAGUCGGCUUACACAGAGCUCUACUUUUGUGACACUCUCUGGCCAGACUUUGGUGCACCCCAGCUGCAUGCCGCCCUCUUAGAUUAUCAGCAACGCGACCGGCGGUUUGGGAAGCGCAAUGAGUCCAGCUGAGACUGGAGAGAGGGUUAUCUGCAACGGCAAGUUUAAGUGUAACACAGCUAUCCAGUGUGCUGUGUCCUCCUGAUACAAAAUCGUAUGGUUUGUUUUGGGGACUGUCAGAUAAGAUGUGUGUUCCUCGUGUUGUCGUAUGGAAGUGUAUCAUUCCGGGUUCGAUGUUGCGUGUAGUGUUAGUACCAUGUGAAUUGCUCGAUAGAACGUAAAGAUUUUUUUUUA